AUGGAUGACAACGAAAUCCGUAUCAUCCGGAAGCACUUUCAAGCCGUUAAAGACAGAAUCUUGGCGCGUUUCGCCACCGGGAACAAGCCCAGCAACCUUUUGGAAGUCGUACGGCUCGAUUACAGCAGAUCGGCAAGCGUCGAAAUCCGUUUCACCGACAAUCACAAAGAUCGCAUCAACAACGGUACUUUGAUCAAAUACGCCGAUCGUAUGCGCAAGGACCGGUUUGUCAAGAAGCUCUAG